AUGUUAUGUUUCAACAAGAAGGAACAUGUCAGAGAUAACGACCUUUUAUAUAUUACUGUCUUAGGGAUUGGGAACCAUUUAAAGGAAGGGAAGCUCUCGUCAACUGAGUCUGCAGUGAGGAAGGUAGAGGAUGUGGUGAGCAGCAUGCUGGCCAAGGGUUUUGUCUUGAGCAAGGAUGCCCUCAAGAGAGCCAGUGAUGGGAGCUCUGGUCACAAAUUCCGUAUUAGUGACCGGAAACAUGGUAUAGUGACGGGAAUUUCCGUCACUAUACGCGUGUUUUCUGGUAGUGAGAAGAAAGGAGGCUUACUAAGUAAAAAGAGAAAGCACAAUGAUACUAUCAUAGAGAACUUGGUCACUGAGAUUGGAAGGAUAAGCAGUGCAUGUGAAGGGAGUAGGGAAGACUUCAAGAGAAUUGCAAACUUUUUUGAGAAAAAGGGGCAAAGUGAUGAGAGGCGUAUGGCUCUGUUUGAGGAGAUUAUGAAGAUUGAAGAUUUCAGUGAGGAUGAUAUGUUGAUUGCUGGCGAGGUCAUUAGCAAAGAUAAGUCCAAAAUUGACUUCUUUUUUACCCUACCUCAAUAA